UCCAGCGAUAGCACCACACGUAGCGCAGCGGCUGUCACGGCCUGGAGCCCUGGACGGCGAGUCGACGACGAGUCUUCCGAUCCGACCUCCCUCCCGCUCCGGCCUUUCCUGGCCGCGCUAGAUCGUAGGCACCACCGCACCAGCGCCAACCAAUCACGCAUCCACCCCCCUCGCCUCGCUCCUGCUGGCCUUGCGCGUUCCGUCCCUUCCGUCCCAGACCGCCCUUCCACCCGCCUCCCCAAAUCUGGCUCCCCCCACCCCGCGACCAAAAGCUCCGUUUCCCCACGCCUCUUCCAAUCCUACCUCCAGUCUCCUCCUCCAGAGCCUGCGUUCCGUGACGCCAGCCGCGCCUCUCGCCGCGGCGCCCCGAACCUAGGGUUCCCCCUUCCCCGCCGCGGGCCGGAUCGCGCGCCGAGGGAGCGAACUUCCGCGAUGCUGCCGUGCGCGAGGUCGCUGCUGCGGAGGAGGGGGCUGGCGUCGGCCCUCCUGUGGAGAUGCGGCGGGGAGGUUGAUCGCGCCGCCGGUGCUGGCGCGGGGGAGGCGCGAGCCAAUGCCAGGUGCGUGGGCACGCUGGCCGGGCUCGGCGGCCGCGCGCUCGAGCACGGGGGGAGACGGUGGGCCGAUCCGGUCUUGCGCGGCGGGGAGGCCGGGCGGCUGGCGCGCACGCAGUCAAGGUUCUUCCUCGGGUGCGGCGACGGGGAGGAGGGGAGCGUGCUCUCCAAGGUCUACGAGGAGAGGCGCGUGAUGGGGUACUCGCCUGAGCAGAUGUUUGCGGUUGUUGCGGCGGUGGACCUUUAUGAGGAUUUCGUGCCGUGGUGCCAGCGGUCUAGGAUUAUUAGGCGGCACGACGACGGCUCAUUUGAUGCUGAGCUCGAGAUUGGAUUCAAGUUCCUUGUCGAAAGCUAUGUGUCUCAUGUAGAGAUGGAGAAGUUCAAGUAUAUCAAGACGACAGCAUCGGAAAGUGGACUUUUUGAUCAUUUGAUAAACGUUUGGGAGUUCAAGCCUGGUCCUGUUCCUGGGACAUGUGACCUCUACUUCUUAGUUGAUUUUAAGUUUCAGUCACCAUUGUAUCGUCAGGUUGCAUCAAUGUUCUUCAAGGAAGUAGUAUCACGGCUAGUGAGCUCAUUUAGUGAUCGGUGUUUUAGAAUAUAUGGACCUGCUGUGCCAGUGCUGGAAAAUUCUUACGGACAAGGAAGAUGAAAUCAUGAAACUGUUAUAAUUCAGUUUUGAAGGACGCCCCCUCUGUGGAUCCCCAGGUUAGCAAAUUUAGAGUAUUCCUUGCAAUCGAUGCAUGAGUGCCAUUUAGGGCACCGUAAGUCAAGAGCUUCUCUAAGGAAAUCAGCCAGAAAUUUCAUUCUUUGGCUAUUUCUGAGUUCAAUUUUUCAUGCAUUUCUAAAUUAUCUUCCCAUGUAUAACAACUAAAUAAUCAUUUCUCACAAUUAUUUACCCAGCCAAUCAUAUCUUGCUGGGUGUUCUGUUUGCUGAAGCAUAAGUCAUUCUAAACCCUUGUACACUAACAUUGCUAUACCUUGUAGUGAAAAAAUGUCAUCCAGAGAUAAAGUUCAUGCA